UCACGGCACCUUUAGCUGCGCUACCGGAUGUUUGUGACUCCGCGAGGAAGAUGAGGUCCCUGUUACCGCAUUGGGUUGUGGGAUAGGUGGGGGUGUUUCCGUCAUGGCGGCUUCUAUUUCGGGCUAUACUUUCAGUUCUCUGUGUUAUCACAGUGCCAACAGCAACUCCGACCACGAAGGCUUUCUCUUGGGAGAAGUAAGGCAAGAGGAGACUUUCAGCAUCAGUGAUUCACAAAUUAGCAACACAGAGUUUCUUCAGGUUUUAGAAAUCCAUAACCAUGAGCCGUGCUCACAACUUUUUAGCUUUUAUGACUACGCAGGUAAAGUCAAUGAGGAAAAUCUCAAAAGAAUUCUCAAAGAAAGAAGAAAAAAUGUUAUUGGCUGGUAUAGGUUUCGCAGAAACACACAACAGCAGAUGUCUUUCAGAGAGCAGAUUAUUCACAAACAGCUGACCCACAUUCUCGGAGUGCCUGACCUCGUCUUCCUUCUCUUCAGCUUCAUCUCCACUGCAAAUAACUCCACACAUGCAUUAGAGUAUGUGCUGUUCAGGCCAAACAGAAAGUAUAAUCAGAGGGUCUCGCUUACCAUCCCCAAUCUAGGCAAUACAAGCCAGCAGGAGUAUAAGGUUUCAUCUGUACCUAAUACAUCUUGGAACUACGCCAAGGUGAUAAAGGAACAGGGGGCUGAAUUCUUUGACAAAGACGGGGUAAUGAAGGACAUCAGAACAAUUUUUCAGGUGUACAAUGCACUGCAAGACAAAGUCCAGGCAGUGUGUGGAGAAGUGGAACAUAGUGAACGUCUGAAGGAAACCUUUCAAGAAGAAGUAAAUAAACUUAAGAAGCAAAUAGCUCUCAGGAAAAUUGAAAAGGAGGAUGAAAGGAGACUUCAGGAAAUGGCAGCAGUUGAAGGCAGACAAGUGCCGGAAGAACACAAGAACACAUGUCCUGCUUAUAACUCUCGGGCAGUGUGUCCGGGUAACGCAGCUGAAGAGUACAGCCUGGAGAACCAAGAUACCUCAGAGACACCACCUCCAUACUCCGAAGUCAUUCCCCUGGACAGCACAGCGGUCAAUACGGAGACAAGCACUGCCUACCUGCCGCGGCCCCAGGCGGUGGGCUCAUCAAGCUACGCCCCGCCGAGCCUAGGAGCUGCCAAAAAUACAGGAAACGGAGAUGGCUCCAGCACCGACUCCUCACAAGGGACACCAGGCAGUGGAGUGGUGGGGCAGCUAGCGAAAGGGGAAGAGGAGGAGGAGGAGGAAGAUGAGGACGAAGAUGAGGAGGACAGCAGCGAAUAUGAGAACCUGGCAAACGAGCCCUCAGAAUCCUCUGACAGUGAAUUUUCGCAGCUCGCAGAGGGCCGUCCGGCAUCGCUGAGGCCAGACGGUGAUGCCAGGAACUCCCAGGCCUCUCAGAUCUGACAAGGGACAUGUCAGCGAAACGUGGGUCCUGAAUUUGCUUGAGUAAACAAUCUGAAUUCAAAUAGACUGGGGAAGCUGAAGGCAUUUAGAAAAAAAAAAAAAGCAAAAGCAAAUCAA